AUGGAACGCAUAGAGUUUCCACCGGUCACAUAUGAUUGGGCUGUUCAAGCUUUCACUCAUGGAUUGAAUGAACGAAGUUUGAUAGCAUCACAUCAACUGAAGCAAAAUCUGAUCGAAUAUCCGGCUGUAUCUUGGGCAGAUGUACACAAUCGGUCAGCUUCCAUAAAUCAGAGUGACAUCAAUAGAGAUCCAAGAUCGAACAAAGAACGAUAUCAACCAUACACCUCAGACCGCAGGAACAGUGGUGUAGGACGCAAUCAUGUCCAGAACGAUCGGAGAAGCGAUCGAGGACAGAAUUCUCGGGGACUCAUGAGCAAAAAUGGUUUUGAAAAGACUGAGGAUUGCAGGCAAUUGAGAGAGGAGGUAGCCCAUUUAUUCAAUGCAGGCCAACUUCGAGUAUUCCGAUGUGAUCGAGCCAAGAAUCAUUUUAGGAAAAGGGACGCCAACAAGAAAAUUGAACAGAAAGAGCCACAACAUGUAAUUAAUAUGAUCGCCGAAGGGGUCAAUAUUCCACAAGGGGCCAUGUUAAAACGCACUAAGGUAUCAAUUACUGGGGAGAAACAGACCCGAGACUAUGUGCCAGAAGGCACCGUAUCAUUCAGUGAUAAGGAGGCAAAAGGAAUUUCUCAACCUCACAAUGAUGCUCUGGUAAUCCCUAUCUUAUUGAAUAAAGUUCAAGUUACGCGUGUUUUAGUGGAUCCAGGUAGCUUAGUAAAUAUCAUCCCAAUGAGGGUUCUGGAUAAACUCGGCCUACAAAAUCAGAUCGUGCUCGCAGCUCGGGUCUUGAACGGUUUCAAUAUGGCCAGUGAAACAACUAAAUGA